AAGAGCAGCUCCAGUGUGUGAUUGAAAGGGCAGUGUGUAUAUGAGUCAGGGCCUUUAGAGUCAGUGUGUGUGUGAGCUGCCGGGAAGUGGGACAGCAACCACACCAGCUUCAGUCCCAUCAAACUAAUGUUUAAUGCGCAGUCUGUGGCACAGCUUUUCACGUUUUCUUUCUUAAUCUUUUUUCUGUCAUACCUUUUCAUCUUCUGGUCCUGGAGUGAAAAACCAGCCUGAUUUUUUUCGUGAUUGUUUGGGAUCCAGACACACCCCCAGUGGUCCAGCCCUGUACGGGACCACUGUGCUAAGUACUUUGCAGACAAGUGUUACUAGUGCCGAUCCUGCUGUUACCACUGUCUACCAAUGCUGCGUGUGUUUAUUCUGUGCGCCCAGAAUGUGCUGACGCAUGAUGAGGACAUUAGCGAUGCCUACUGCACCGUCACUUAUGAAGGGACAAAAAAGAAGACUAAAGUCAUCAAAAAUAAUGUCAAUCCUGUCUGGAAUGAGGGCUUUGAGUGGGACCUGAAGGGUGUUCCUUUAGAUUCGGGAGCAGAGCUUCAUGUUGUCGUUAAAGACCAUGAGAAAAUGGGCAGGAAUAGGUUUCUGGGGGAGUGUCGAGUUGCUCUUCGAGAUGUGCUCAAUUCUCCAAACCUGGCUGCUACUUUUACCGUGUCCCUGGUCGACACAAAGAGAAACAGCACUGGGGCCACAAUAACCCUGCAGGUCUCCUACAUCCCUCCUCCAGGGAUGACGCCCAUCUUUCAGCCUCCUCCACAGCCAGAGGCCCAGCACACACCGGUGGAGCUGGACACAGUCACAGUUUUCUCAUUGGACACUAUGGGCGAGGAUGACACUGAGAGCAUGCUGAUGAUGGAGGUGGCGGAGGAGCCUGAACCUGUUCCAGGACCCCAGGGGCAGGACAUCGGCGCCCCUACAGCACCACCCAAAAAGGCUCCACCCAACUUUAACCAGGGACUAAAGAAAAAGAAACGCCAAAGCAACAAAUCCCCCCUGUCCGACAAAGCCCAGGACCUCCAGGUUCGGCUGCGCAUCAUUGAAGGAAGGCAGCUUCCUGGUGUCAACAUCAAACCAGUCGUCAAAGUCACAGUUGGAGGACAGACGAAGAGAACCCGCAUUAAAAAGGGCAAUAAUCCAUUUUUUGAUGAGACCUUUUUUCUAAACUUCUUUGAGAAACCUUCAGAUCUUUUUGAUGAGCCAAUAUUCAUAACCGUAUUUGAUUCCAAGUCACUACGGAAAGACUCUGUCAUUGGAGAAUUCAAGCUGGAUGUUGGCAUGGUUUAUAAUGAACACCGACAUGCUAUUCUCAGAAAAUGGUUGUUGCUGGCAGACCCUGAUGAUCUUUCUGCAGGGGCCAGAGGUUAUUUGAAGGUCAGCAUGUUUGUGCUGGCCGCAGGAGAUGAACCUCCGAUGGAUAAGAAAGAGGGUGUGGAGGAAAAGGAGGACAUAGAGGCCAAUCUGUUGAGACCAGCUGGUCUAACCCUGAGAGGAGCCACGUUCACUCUGAGAGUCUACAGAGCAGAAGACCUUCCUCAGAUGGAUGAUGCUCUUAUUGACGAUGUCAAACAUUUCCUUGGCUUUGACACUAAUCGAAAGAACCUGGUGGAUCCAUUGGUGGAGGUCAACUUUGCAGGAAAAACGAUAAGUAGUAAGAUUCUGGAGAAAUGCGCUAACCCUCAGUGGAACCAGUGCCUCACUCUGCCCAUCAGGUUUCCAUCCAUGUGUGAAAAGAUGAGAAUACGUAUUUUAGAUUGGGAUCGUGCGAGUCAUAAUGAUGUCAUUGGCACUGCACACUUAUGCAUGUCUAAAAUCUCAGCCCCUGGAGGAGAUAUUGAAGAUGAGUUUCCUGCCAGGACCCUCCACGACACUAUGGAUGACAGUAUAGGCUUUCUUCCGACCUUUGGACCCUGCUUUGUCAACAUGUAUGGGAGUCCUCGAGAGUUCACAGCUUUCUCAGACCCACACGAGGCACUAAACCUGGGAAAGGGAGAGGGUGUGGCCUAUCGGGGACGUGUGUUGUUGGAGCUCAUAACAAAGCUUUCUGAUCAGGUGGACCAAAGGUCUGAAGACAUCAACUCUGAUGACCUGCUAGUGGUAGAAAAAUUCAUGCGGAAGAGGAAGUUUUCCCUGUUUGCUGCGUUCUACUCGGCCACUCUCCUUCAAGAUGUGGACGAUGCAGUUCAGUUUGAAGUCAGUAUCGGUAACUACGGCAACAAGUUCGACAACACCUGUUUGCCUCUGGCAUCCACCACUCAAUUCAGCAGAGCUGUGUUCGACGGCUGCCAUUACUAUUACCUGCCAUGGGGAAAUGUGAAACCUGUGGUGGUGGUGUCUUCAGAGUGGGAAGACAUUGGCCCUCGUAUAGAGGCCCUCAACAUGCUGCUUAGCAUAGUCGACCGACUGGAGUCAAACUUGGAACAGGUACAGCUGGAGCUCAAAGCAAGAAGUGACGAUCAGGAAGUCGAGCAGAGGGUUGUCCAGCUGCUUGAUGAUGUCAUUGCAGACUGCAGUGAGGAACUCCCUGAGUUGGACAAAUGGCCUUGUGUGACUCCACUGGAUAAAGCUCUGAGGAAUCUGCGCAAGAUUAACAUGCAGCAGAUAGUGCAGGCGGCCCUGGCACUCAAACAUGGACCAGAGACUGAACUGAGUGCAGUGCUGGAGCAGGCUGAGGACUGGACCAUGAGACUACGCUACCUCUCUGAGGAGCCCCAAAACAGUCUGCCAGAUAUAAUAAUCUGGAUGCUUCAGGGAGACAGACGAGUGGCCUACCACAGAAUCCCUGCCCAUCAAGUUCUCUUUUCCUAUGGUUACUGUGGCAAGCACUGUGGCCAACUUCAGACGGUUUUCAUGAAGUGUCCACAGGAAGAUGGGGGAUGUAGUAAAAUCCCAGCUCAGCUCAGAAUCAAGGUGUGGUUCGGACUGACUGCGGAUGUCAAAUCUUUUAACCAGUUUGCAGAGGGCAAACUCUCAGUGUUUGCAGAAACGUAUGAGAACCAGACUAAACUGGCUCUGGUGGGGAACUGGGGUACGACGGGUCUGACUUACCCCAAGUUCAGUGAUGUGACCGGCAGAGUCAAACUGCCAAAGGAGAGCUUCAAACCCUCUUCAGGCUGGAGCUGGGCAGGAGAAUGGUUCAUCAGCCCAGAGAAAACGAUGCUGUAUGAUGCUGAUGCAGGUCAUAUAAGCUUUUUGGAGGAGGUGUUUGAAAAUCAGUUGCGGUUGCCAGGAGGACAGUGGAUUGGCAUGCCGGAGGGGUACACAGAUGUGAAUGGAGAAAAAGCUGUUCCUAAAGAUGAGAUCGAGUGUCCCCCUGGCUGGGUGUGGGAGGAUAUUGAGUGGAGUGAGGAUCUGAAGCGUGCAGUGGAUGAUCAAGGGUGGGAAUAUGGAAUAACCCUUCCCCCGGACCGCCGACCAAAGUCCUGGGUUCCAUCUGAGAAGAUGUACCAUACCAACCGUCGGAGACGCUGGAUCAGACUCCGCCGUAGAGACAUGCAGAAAAUGGAGGCGCUCAGAAAACAGCGGCCAGACGAGUCCGAGCGUGAGGGCUGGGAAUAUGCCUCUUUAUUUGGCUGGAAGUUUCACCUCAAGCAGAAGAAAACCGACUUGUUCCGUCGCCGGCGCUGGAGACGUCGAAUGGAGCCAUUAGAAAAGACGGGGCCGGCGGCCAUCUUUGCCUUGGAGUGUUCGCUGAGCAGCUUUACUGAUGAAAAGAAUGACGAUAAGUCAGUCACUACAACAUUUGGUGUCAGCCGGCCGACUAUCUCCUGCUUCUUUGAUAGUGGGACCCUGUAUCAUUUGCGCUGUUACUUGUAUCAGGCCAGAGACCUGCUGGCUAUGGACAAGGACAGUUUCUCGGAUGCCUAUGCCGUUGUAUCGUUCCUUCAUCAGAGUCAGAAGACGGUGACUGUUCGAAACACACUCAACCCCACCUGGGACCAGACCCUCAUUUUCUACGAAGUGGAAAUUUUUGGAGACCAUCUUGUGACUGAGAGGAGCCCUCCAAACAUUGUGGUGGAGCUGUACGAUCAGGACACCUAUGGAGCUGAUGAGUUCAUGGGCCGCUGUGUUUGCCAACCAUCAAUGGCAUCUUCCCCUCGCCUCGCCUGGUAUCCCAUCCAGAAAGCAGGGAAUUCUGCAGGAGAUCUGCUUGCUGCUUUUGAACUGAUCCGCAGAGAUAAACCUGCAGUUCAUCACAUCCCGGGUCAAGAGGGAGAUAUUAUACCACCCUCACAUAUCAUGGAUGAGCUUGUGCUUCCAGGGUUCCUCUCUGAGAAUCAACAGCAAUGGCCAGAGGACUCUGAUUUGCCCUAUCCACCACCUCAGAGGGAGCCAAACGUCUACAUGGUGCCACAGGGGAUAAAACCUGUCCUACAGCGCACUGCUAUUGAGAUACUGGCAUGGGGUUUGCGUAACCUGAAGAGUUUCCAGCUGGCCAGUGUCACGUCUCCCAGUCUUCAGGUGGAAUGUGGCGGAUCUGUGGUUCAGUCGUGCGUCAUUCGAAAUAUUAAGAAGAACCCUAAUUUUGACGUCAACAUCCUGUUCAUUGAUGUCCGAUUGCCUAAGGAAGAGCUCUACAUGCCCCCAUUGGUGAUCAAGGUUAUAGACAACCGGCAGUUUGGCAGGAAGCCUGUGGUGGGCCAGUGUUCAGUCCACUCGCUCAAUGAGUUCUACUUCCAGCCGGAAAGUCUGGAGAGAGACUCAACAGAAGAGGAAUUUGAAGUUAUUGCUCACACACCUAGAGAUGAUGUUCUGGUUGAUAUUGAUGACAAGGAGCCUCUAAUCCCUGGACAGGCAGAUGGCACCAGCUCUGCCAUUAUUAACAUCUCGCCUUCUCAGUCCAGCCUUCAUCAGGAUGAAUUUAUGGACUGGUGGAGCAAGUUUUAUGCCUCCAUGGGUGAGAGGACCAAGUGUGGGAGUUAUCUGGAGAAAGGGUUCGAUAUGCUGCAGGUGUAUGACAGAGAACUGGAGAAGACUGAAGGCUUUGAGCAAUUUGCUGAUUUCUGUCAAACGUUUAAACUUUACCGUGGAAGAACCCAGAAUGACAGCGAAGAUCCUUCCGUUGUUGGAGAGUUCAAGGGUUCGUUUAAGAUCUAUCCAUUGCCUGAUGAUCCCUCUAUGCCUGUACCCACACGUCAGUUUCGCAAACUCCCCCCGAACGGUAUAGAGGAGUGCUUGGUACGCAUCUACAUCAUCCAGGCUUUUGGGUUACAGCCCAAAGAUGCCAAUGGCAAGUGUGACCCCUAUGUUAAGAUCACGCUUGGCAAGAAAUCAGUCGAUGACCACGACAAUUACAUACCCUGUACUUUGGAGCCCGUCUUUGGAAAGAUGUUUGAGCUGACCUGCUGUCUGCCUCUUGAGAAAGACCUGAAGAUUACACUCUAUGAUUACGACAUGGUGACUAAAGAUGAGAAAAUCGGAGAGACCAUCAUUGAUUUGGAGAACCGCUUCUUGUCUCGUCAUGGUGCUCGCUGCGGCCUUCCGCAGUCCUACUGUCUGUCAGGAAUUAACCAGUGGCGAGAUCAACUUAAACCAUCUCAGCUACUUCAUCGUCUGUGUGAGAGGCGAAACUACAAACUCCCCGUCUACAAGCAGGAUCGAAUUUACUUCAGAGGACAUGAAUACACUGUCGCAGACCUUGAUGAAGGGAAACCUCUUAACCCUCACUUGGGACCAGUGAUGGAGCGUCUGGCUCUGUUGGUGUUGAGGAGGCAUGGUUUGGUGCCUGAACAUGUCGAGACGCGACCCCUCUACAGCCCCCUUCAGCCAGAUAUAGAACAGGGGCGACUACAAAUGUGGGUGGACCUGUUCCCUAAGUCUUUAGGCCCUCCAGGUCCUCCAUUCAACAUCACCCCACGCAAAGCUAAAAAGUUCUUCCUGCGCUGUAUUAUAUGGAACACAAGAGAUGUAAUCUUGGAUGAUGUCAGCGUUACCGGGGAGAAGAUGAGUGACAUUUAUGUGAAAGGCUGGAUGCACGGCCAUGAGGAGAACAAGCAGAAAACAGACGUGCACUACCGAUCGCUGGGUGGUGAGGGUAACUUUAACUGGCGCUUCCUCUUCCCCUUCCACUAUUUACCUGCGGAACAACUGUGCACCAUUGAUAAAAAGGAGCACUUUUGGAGUCUGGAUAAAGUUGAAACGAAGCUUCCUCCUAAACUUACUAUCCAGAUUUGGGACAAUGACAAGUUCUCCUUUGAUGAUUUCCUCGGCUCUUUGGAGAUGGAUCUGAACCACAUGCUGAGUCCUGCGAAGUCUCCAGAGAAGUGUGGUCUUGAGAUGCUCACUCAGUCCCAGGACAAACUGGUCUCUUUGUUUGAGCAGAAAACGGUGAAAGGCUGGUGGCCGUGUGUCUGUGACAAAGAAGACAAGAAGAUACUUGCUGGAAAGGUGGAGAUGUCUCUGGAAAUAGUCUGUGAACAGGAGCAGGAUGAGAGGCCUGCAGGACUCGGCCGAGAUGAGCCCAACAUGAAUCCCCAUCUAGAGGAGCCUCAGCGUCCCGAGACAUCAUUCUUAUGGUUCUCGUCCCCAUAUAAGACGUUUAGGUUCAUUGUGUGGAGGAGGUUUAAGUGGCUUAUUCUGGGCCUCUUUAUACUCUUUUUCAUUAUUCUCUUCCUUGGAGUAUUUCUCUACGCCUUCCCUAACUAUGCUGCUAUGAAGAUGGUUGGACCCUUCAGUGGACUAGGAAAGGGAACACAGUGAGACUUUAAAGGAAACAAAGACAUAAACUUUCAACUCCAACACCAACCACACCAAAAAAAUUCAUCCACACAUAUACAGUACUGCAGAGAUCUGCCUUGCUCAUGCAUAUGUACAAGCCAAAAGAGAAAUCUGAAGACUGUUUUGAAGUCCUGUGUGCCUUUCUGUGUGCAUUAUAUCCUGUUCUACUCCUCCUACACUAUAUGCAUGAAAGUUGCAUAAUGUCAGUCUGUUUUUGUACAUGUAUUGCAUACAGAGCUCCAUGACCUGGUCCUGAACUCUCGCAUAUUCUACUUACACUUUCAUCUCCCGGCCUGUUUAAUCCUUUUUCAUGUCUCCUUGUAAAACAGACUUCUUUCUUCACAGCCAGAUGCGUCUUUCUUCUUCCUUCACGCAGAGAGAGAGGGAGACAGAGCCUCCCAUCCAUUCGUUCCUCUCCUUUUUCAACAGCGCUGGAUCUUUAGGUUAAACCCUGAUUUGUACUGUUAGGCUGUAAGGUCCGAGACAGACUGGUUAUUAGCUGAAACCCUGCUGUCAACCAGCCCGCCUCUCUGAUUACUAUCACACUUGCUUAUUUUUGCUUUAGCGAAAUCCCCAGUAAAUCGAUUUUGGGUCAACUUUAGGUUGGCAACGUGUUUGAAUCUGUGUGUGUGUGUGUUUGUGUGUGUGUGUGUGUGUGUGUGUGUGUGUGUGUGUGUGUGUGUGUGUGUGUGUGUGUGUGUGUGUGUGUGUGUGUGUGUGUGUGUGUGUGUGUGUGUGUGUUUGUGUGUGUGUGUGUGUGUGUGUGUGUGUGUGUGUGUGUGUGUGUGUGUGUGUGUGUGUGUGUGUGUGUGUGUGUGUGUGUGUGUGUGUGGGGAAUGCGGGCUGCGAACAAGAGCAAGAGAUAAAAGGGUUGUUUAUUUGUGUGAACGUUGCGCUCACGCUCCUUUGUGCAUUUUUGUACUUGACUUUGUAAAGUAUGUGCAGGCGCAUCUGGAAGAGGUUGCCAGACUUCUAAACAUGCCUGUGUAAGAGCUGUUAAAAUACACAAAUUGCUUGUUUUCUCUCUGUGACCAGGUCAUGAGCUCUUCUCCUUCCUAGUUACUAAAUUUGAAAUCGGUCACACAUACUGUAGGCCACGUUCACUCAGCAGCAGAAUAUAUAGUGACAGUAGGGCUGCACGAUUUGGAGGAGAAAAAAAAAUCUAAUUUAAAUUUUUCUGAUCAAAAUUGCAAUUUGCGAUUUAAAAUGUGAUUUAUUACUAUUUAUUGAAUGAGCUGCAGGUUUGAUGUGGUGGUUUUAACCAACCCAGGCUCAUUCUGAUUUAGAUUGUGUUACAUUGAGCAGGGUAAUGUGCAUACGAGCUGUUUAAAACGAUGUGGUUGUUAUCGUUUCAUGCUCUUUGCAGUGCAAUUUUUGGCAUGAAGCACAGAUUAGUGUUCUUGAAAUAAAACAGAGAAAGGAGGAAUGAAGGAGUUUCCGGCAACUGUCACUGUGUUGCUAUGGUUACUGCUAAUGUUUGAGGGAAGCGCAUUAUUAGUGCAUGAUAAGUGCAUUUAUAUCAAAACUGACUGCAAUUAUCUGUGCAUUAAAUGAUUUUAAUCAUCAGUCACAAUCAAGAAUUUCGACACACCAUGGAAUAAGAGCCAUUGAUAGUUCUUUGUUGCUGUUGUUACAUUAUUUGACAGUUUUCAACUGUUUCUAAAGAUUUGCUUUUUCUUAUUUUUUAAGUUUCAUCUUCCAACCAAAUUUCAGUUAGGUGUUCCACCUUGUUGACAUGAUUCAUUUUAAGAAGCAGUAGAAAAACAAACACUGGUACUCUUCUCACAGAGUAAUUUUAUUAAUGCGUUUGCUUUUAAUUGCUUAUUUUACUUCUUUAUAGCUAGAUCUGACAACACUAAGGAGUCGAGAUAAACCUUGUAAUUUAUUCUUUGCACCAAGCAUAUAGGGAAAAAGACUUUAAUAGGCUUUGAUAGGUCAUUGACAACUAGUUUUUCAGUUCUAUACAAAUUAUAAUUAUAAUCACUUGCAUUUUCAAAAGUCAAUUCAGUUGUUGAAUGUAAUUGUUACUCCUGUAAAUUACUUAACAUGAUUAUAGUGCUAAAAUGCUACUAAUAUUUACUAUAGCUGCAGUGUGUACGUGGCCACAGACAGUAUUUGAACUGCUAUAUGAACAGUAUAUUUCAAGACACCAUUGGGGAUCUGUUAAGGCAACUCUCUGGAGCGCACAUUACAUUUAUCUGAUGUCAAGGGCCAUAUAUGAGCAGGAAAUGUCAAGAAACCUGGGUUAAUCCAACCUAAUCUGCAGGAUUUCCAAAAGUGUUUACAUUACAUUUUUUUAAAAUGAGGGCAAAAAAAGACAAAAGGGACUUCACAGUAAAGAGAAGGCAUUCCUAUGGCUUAAUAGUUCUAUUAAGUUUGUAUUGUUAUCAGAUCAGUGCAUGAAUCUGCUGUAUCACUGGAAAAUGAGUUAAAGAAAACAUGACAGCCUUGCAUUUAAAUAAAAAACUGAUGGAUCUCUUGCCAAAUAUUGUACAGUAUAAAUCUAAAGAACUGGAUUUAUGAAAAAAUCUCCACUGGUAAUGCUGAGUAUCUGUGAAAAAUUGUCAUUCAUAUAUACUGUAGAUUUGCAGUAAGUCUCAUAAUGUGACAAUCAAGAUGAAUAUUUGUGAAGUUAAGCAUAUUUUGCCUUACUGUAUUACUGUAAUGACGCACGUUGUCUAAUUGCCUUAAAGCUUCUGCUCUGAUCUCUGAUCAAUUCACUGUGUUAAAUUGACUGUAUCUCCUCGUGAGCACUGUGUAAUAUGCUAUGGACAAAUAUAUGCUUAUAUAUAUUCCAA